AUGUCGCUUUCUCGCUCUCCUUCACCCAAACGGGGCGGCGGUUGGGCAAGUCCUGGACUCAAUGCCAAUUUUGCGCAGAGCAGAAGCUCCACCCCCGUGACCUCGUACAGUCAGAACCACUCAGUCACAUGGGCUUCCGCCCAAGCAAGAAGCAAUCAAGUCAAUGGAUACCCAGCAUAUCAAGAGCACGGCUCGGGCUUCUUUGGCAAGCACAUGCGCAACAUCUCGGCGAGUCUGCCCUUCUUCAACAACGGCCCUAGGGACGAGCGUGAGGCCGAAAAGGAGAAGGCGGGCAGAGGCAGAUGGGUUCCCGCAAGAGGAGGCUACCUUGCCAACAUGAAAUCCAUGCUUGGUCGCCAUAUGCUAAGAUCAAAGCCUCGAUUUGUCUUGGUUCUGGUCCUUUUGUUGCUUAUAAUCUGUUUCUAUACCACACCAUUGCAUUAUUGGUACCGAAGAAGCUCAUGGCUGGGCGGCGGCAGCAAGUUCGUCGUCAUUCUGGCAGCCAAUAUGGGAGGAGGAGUCAUGGAGUGGAAGGGGCCUCGCGAAUGGGCAAUUGAGCGCGACAGUGUGCGCAACAAGAAAAAUUACGUGCGUCGUUGGGGUUAUGAGUUGGAAAUUGUUGAUAUGAGCACAAAGAAACGCUAUGCGCACGAGUGGAGAGAGAGCUGGGAGAAGGUCGACACAAUUCGCAACGCCAUGCGCAAAUACCCCCAGGCCGAGUGGUUCUGGUGGUUGGAUCUCAACACGUUCAUCAUGGAACCCUCAUACUCGCUUCAACAGCACAUCUUCAACAACCUGAACGACAAUGUCUAUCGCGACAUCAAUUUCUACAACCCCCUCAACAUCUCUCACCCUCCUACUGCAUCCUACCUGGAUCCCGAAAGUUUGUCACCCAUUGGAGACGGCAAGCCCGAUUCAAUCAACCUUAUUAUUCCCCAGGACUGCGGCGGCUUCAACCUGGGAUCCUUCUUUGUCAAGCGUUCGGCCUGGACAGAUCGCCUGCUCGACAUCUGGUGGGAUCCUGUGGGUUACGAACAGAAGCACAUGGAAUGGGAACACAAAGAGCAAGAUGCAUUGGAGUACAUGUACACCAACCAGCCGUGGGUGCGGCCUCACCUCGCCUUCAUUCCUCAGCGCAAGGUCAACAGUUUCCCUCCAGGCGCGUGCGGCGACAACGGCGAGGACAUGAACAUUCACUAUCACGAGCACGACCGUGACUUUGUCGUCAACAUGGCAGGUUGUGAAUGGGGAAGAGACUGCUGGGGUGAGAUGUACAACUAUCGCCAACUGAGCAACAGGCUCAACCGCAACAACUGGGAGAAGUUCAAGGAUGGCGUGUCCGGAGCCUUUUCCUUCCUCAAGUCCAAAAAGAAGGAAAUCACAGGGACAGAAAAGGACAAUGAGGAGAAGAAGGAGUCAUGA